AUGGGGUCCUCUCCACAUGCGGGCCAAUCCCGCCCCGAUUCCGGCAUUCGAUUGCCUUCCCAGGGCAUGCACUCGCCACAUGCCGAUCCGUCGAGUGAUAGCGGCGAGAGUAUAGAUACGGCUCCCUUCGAUGGAAACCGUGAUCAGACGAGGUUGGAACCUGCGUCUUUGCUGAUCAAUCAUCGACGAUUCCCCUCUGCGGACGAGGACGUUAGCGACGAUGACCAUGAUGGUCUUCUUAAUCAUACACAAGAAGAGGAGAAGCCGGUGACAUGGAAGUCUUUGCCGAAGAAAGGACAGCUGGCUAUUUUGACAUUGGCACGGUUGUCAGAGCCGCUUACGCAGACCUCGCUGCAGGCCUAUAUGUUUUAUCAGCUUAAGUCGUUUGAUCCGUCUUUACCGGAUUCGAAGAUUUCGGCACAAGCGGGCAUUUUGCAAGGCACUUUUACCGCCGCACAAUUCCUUACUGCUGUCUGGUGGGGACGACUCGCUGAUGCUGGUUGGAUGGGCCGGAAGAGAGUCCUUCUGAUCGGCUUGAUGGGAACCUGUAUUUCAUGUCUGGGCUUUGGCUUCUCUCGGUCCUUUGUGUCCGCUGCAAUCUUCCGCACGCUUGGAGGAGCGUUGAACAGUAACGUAGGGGUCAUGAGGACAAUGAUUGCAGAAAUUAUUGCUGAGAAAAAGUUUCAAUCCCGGGCGUUCCUUUUACUUCCCAUGUGCUUUAAUAUUGGUGUGAUUAUUGGCCCGAUCUUGGGAGGCUCGUUGGCAGACCCUGUCAACAGCUUCCCCCAAUUAUUUGGCCCUGGCUCAAUUAUCGGUGGUAAAGAUGGCGUAUGGUGGAUGAAGCACUGGCCAUACGCUUUGCCGAAUGUACUCAGUGCUAUAUUCAUAUUCUCCUCUCUGCUGGCCGUCUUUCUGGGUCUUGAAGAGACGCACGAGACUAGUCGCUAUCGCGUCGACUGGGGCCGGAGAAUUGGCAAGAAGAUAGCCAAUCUGUGCUCAGGACGGCCUCGACACUAUCGCCGUCUCGAUACCAAUGCAGACGAUGAAUCCCUCUACAUGGAGGGCAGCGUGGGAACAUGGUCUGCGCCAUCUAGCCCCACUCGCUCACGGAUGCCGAUGCCUAGACCCCACAAGCGACCAGGUUUCCGACAAAUAUGGACAAAGAAUGUCUUGCUUACACUACUUGUGCAUUUCCUCCUCGCCAUCCAUACAAGUGCCUUCAACGCGAUGACAUUCGUCUUCUUACCUACUCCGCGCGCACCCGAGAACUCGCGCGACGGCUUCUUCCACUUCGGCGGAGGCCUCGGUCUACCAUCCGCUCGGGUCGGUCUUGCCACCGCUAUCAUCGGCGUCGUAGGCCUCCCUCUUCAAAUUUUCCUCUACCCUCGAAUCCAAGGGAAGCUGGGAACUCUCACCUCAUUCCGCACAUUUCUUCCUUUCUCGCCUAUAGCAUACCUCCUUAUGCCCUUCCUUGUGGUCCUUCCUCGUGUUCCGUGGAUUGUGUGGCCGUGUUUCACUGUUGUUGUAUCACUGCAGGUAAUUUCACGCACGUUUGCUUUGCCUGCUGCUAUUAUAUUGGUUAACAAUUGUGUCACCGAUCCGUCUAUUCUGGGAACCGUGCACGGAGUUGCACAGAGUAUAGCCAGUGCCGCGCGGACAUUGGGCCCCUUCAUUGGUGGCUGGGGCUUGGGGCUUGGUCUUGCUAACAAUAUGGUGGGCGUUAUAUGGUGGGCUCUUGCUGUUGAGGCAACCAUUGGUUGGUUCGUAUUGUGGACCAUUCACGAAGGAAAGGGGAUUGAAAGACCAAAACAGGAGCCGGAGGAGGAGACAGAUUGA